UGUACGGGUGCGUUUUCAUUCGUGCUUUUUUUUUUGCUUUCUCGAGGGCACGUGCGUGGAAAUGUCGACGCCGAUCCAGUGCUUGGUGUCGUUGAACGAUCGUAAGAAGAUCAUCUCCAUUUGCGGACACACCAAGGAAGAUGUCCUCGCUGCCGUGAUGGCCACAGACUUCGGAGAUGUCGCGUCAAAUUGCAGAAUGGAGGUCUACAAUGCACAAUUUGAUGCGUACGUCGACCCACCUGACGGGCAUGUGUUCUGUGAUGGCAACAAAAUUAGACUGAUCAGUAAUGAGGCCAUACCUCGCACUUGCAGCACAAGUGAAACACUUGUAGUCACGCCAGGGUUGUGCCCAUUAAGCAGUGACUACAGAUUGCCACCGCUACCAUUUGACCUACAGGUUGCCAUCGGCAACACCGAAGCUGGGAAAGUUUCCAGCCGCACAAAAUCGAGGAUCAUCUCUUGGUUGAGCAACCACUUGAUUUCAAUCAGUGUGUACCCAGGAAGGCUGUAUGAGACUGCGGCGAAGGCACUAAUCUUGGAGUACCCUGUACUUAAGGACACCAUUGGGACGGGUUGGGAUUCCUGGAAAGUAUCGCUACAGUACAAAUUUGGAUAUCUGAGAAGAAAUCUGGGAACAGUACCUGCCGUGCAGGCAGCUAAAGAGCUUUUUGGGAAGCACAAACAUGACAGUGCUGUGCCAGCACCCUCACCACAGACUAAAAGGCAAAGGCGCAUGGUAAACAUUUUCUUAAGUUCAUUUUACUCUUUCACAAACAGCAACAAGCUUGCUAAUAACGACCUACAGCUUCUUCGAUUCUGCAAGUCAGCUGUCGUAGCAGCAAAGCGGCAGUCGUGCAACUUAAUCUGGCUUUAUUUAAGCAGGCUCUGUUUGGGAAAAAAUGAAUGAUAUUGGUUUACUUAGUUGAAGUGAGGGCUCAUAUUUUUUUCUUUGCCAGACAACAAGCUUCCAACAUAAGGACCAUGAUGAAGUGGUUUUAAAAGGACACAUGGAUUUCAUGGUCAAAGAGAUGUCCAGACGUUCACCGGACUAAAAAAAACUGAGUGACUCUAUGAAGCAAACACGUUCUUCAAGAAGAUCUUGGAUUAUGGAGAAGCAGCCAACGACAGCCGAAAUACUUGAAAAGUAUCCGGCUUUAUCAAAUGCUGAAAUGGUCUGUAUAAUGUGAUCACAAUGUUUGCAUUGCAUGCUUUCACUUAUAUUUACCAGAUGUCUUUCUGGUGCGUACAGGUUUUCAUAGAUAGCCUGUGAAAGGGUUACUAGGUGUUUAGGUGGGUGAACGAGUGGACUAAUUACACUUAGUGUGUAGAAACUGAUAAAGCCUUUUUACACUGAAGUAAGGACUUGAAGGAUACUAUAAACUGCAUUUGAAACAUGUUAGGUUGUUUUCAUGCUGACACCAAGCACACCUGCAGAAUAAGCUUACUUUUAAUAUGUUAAGGGACAUAGCUGUGUUUCAAACGUUUUAUUCUACAAAAAAAUUCGGGACCCAAUCUCUAAGUAUCCCAGGACACAUAUGUGGGUGUUUUAGUUUUCUUUAUGGCAAAUUGACUUUUGAGUUUCUUAUUGAGCUGUGCAGUGUUAUGUUGCGCUGGAAACUUACUGCCCAAAUUCAUAAUUGAAAACAGGUUUAAAUGUAUUUUUGUAUUUAUAGCUCCACGAAGAGUUCACGGCUAUCACGGGCGUUCAGAUGGAAAAAAAGUUGUUGGCUUUUAUUAAUAACUACGGUCAGACGUGUCUCGACUUAGUCAAGUGUCGUCGCUCGGGAAGAGUCUGUACGGCAGCUUGAGGCUGAGCUUCAACAACUGGAAGAAAAUGCCCGUAAAUAUCGGUUUGCAGUUGGCUGUGUAGAACUGCUGCCAUUAUUAGUCAGAGAGCAGCCAAAAUUUUUGAGGGGCCCUGACAUGCACCCUGCCCUUCAUUUUGAGGGCACAAAUAUUUAUGAGGCAACAGACGUCGCAGUUGUCUUUGAAGCAUUCCGCAUUCAAGUCAUCGACAUAAUAGCCGGUAUGACAGCUGUGAUGGAACUGUAUUGGGUGCUGGAUGUAAAGUAUGCGGACCAAAACAAGA